AUGAAUGCGCGAGUCAUCGUCCUCGUGUGCUUCAUCGGUUUGUCGCUUCAUCGAGUCGUCUCAACUGGCGAUUCGAGCGCAAAAAGCAACCGCUUUCUCUUCUCGGCAACAGGAUUAGCCAGCGGGACCUCUCUGUCUGUUCUGAAGGACUCCGAGGCAUCCAGUUUGACUGACUGUACCCGGCAAUGUUCUGAAAACCAUGAACUGUGUUCGGUUUCGGCGAUCGCCAGCGGCCAGGGAGUUCGUCAGUGUAUUACCUACAGUAACACCCGAGUGGUUGGAACAGUGGGAGAGGUGGCGGCAAACUGGACUGUGGCAGAAAAUUUCACUGAUGUGGGUGAUGCCUUGACAAAAUGGUCCUAUGCUUUAGACUGUAGUGAGUUGUACUCCCGCGGUUUCACCACGGACGGGCAAUACUUGAUCCGCCCGGACCCCUCGCAGCCUGUGGUGAAGGUUUGGUGUGAUAUGACAGACUCCCCGGGAGGCUGGACGGUGUUCUUUAAACGUUACGAUGACUCUGUGAAUUUUCACUCACACAACUGGGCGGGCUACAAAGCGGGUUUCGGCGACGCGAGCGGUGAGUACUUCAUCGGCUUGGAGACGCUGCACGGCCUCACGCAGCUUGCCACUACUACACUUAAGGUGGAUUUGUGGGGAAACAACAACGCGUUCAAGUAUGCGGAGUACAGCUCAUUUGCCGUGGGCGCAGGUAAGACGUUACUUCCAUAA